AGCAGACCACCAACUUGACAAUUUACAACCAUAAACAGAGCGUCGGUGUCAAUACACGUUUGUGUUUGCUUUUGAGGCAUCGGAUUUGAAUUGAACAUAGCGGUAAGAGUUAUUUCUGCCGUAUUACAGUGAAAUGACAACGUUGGAGGAUAAAUUGUUGGGAGAAACAGCCCAUUGUUACUGCAGCAGUAGUGAGAGCGAAGGGGAGAAAUCCGAUGAUGAUAGUGGUAAAGAAGUGCAAACCCCUCCAGUGAUAAAAGAAGCAGGAUCGAUUCCUCAACCAGAUCCUUAUAAAUGGGAAGGAUCCUCCACAAACACUGGCCCUAAAGGUGUAAUGAAAGAUUGGCAGAGGUUCAAACAACUGGAAACUGAAAAAAGAGCUGAGCAGGAAAAAGAAAAGCAAGCUCUGAUUCAAAAGCUGUCUCUGACUUGUAAAUCAGCACUGGAAGAAGAGAGGGAGAAAAAUGUAGAUCCUGAGAUGGCAGAAUUAUUAUCAGAUGAGUUCUUACUGCAGUUUCAAAAACAGAGAAUGGAAGAGAUGAUGUCUAAGUUGGCUACUCUUCCAGCAUUUGGAAAAGUUUUCAGUCUUAAAGAUGGACAAGAAUUCCUGGAUGCAAUUGACAAAGAAGAUAAAGCUGUCACAAUUGUAGUACAUAUAUAUGAAGAAAAUAUACCAGGUUGUGAAGCAAUGAAUGGUAGCCUUAUUUCUUUGAGUCAGGAUUAUCAGCAAGUAAAAUUCUGCAAGAUGAUUGGAUCAGUUGCAGGAAUAAGUAAACGUUUUAAACUAAGUGGAGUACCAGCUCUUCUGGUCUACAAGGCAGGUCAGUUAGUUGGAAACUUUGUUCGUGUCAGUGAGGAAUUAGGUGAUGACUUUUUUUCUGAAGAUGUGGAAAGUUUCCUGUUGGAACAUGGCAUUCUGCCAGACAAAACUUGUGUGCCAUCAAUUGUUAAGUCACAGAAUGAUGCUGAUGAUAGUGAUCUUAGCCUUGAAUGACAGUAUUAAUUGGUAUGAAGACAUGUUGGCAUAACAUUUUGAAUGUUAUCUUUAAUAUAGAAAUGAUUAUAUCCUUUGCCAUUGAGGUCUUCAGCUGCCUUCUUGUUAAACUAGCCUUUAUUAAUACAUGUGGCUAUCUUGUCAAACUGACAGUGAAAUGAUGUAAUUGAAGUGGUUGCAAGAUGGCUCACAUAUUGUUAAUUGAUCCCUUUUUAAAUUGUAUGUUUAGUGAUUCAGACCAGGUACAUUCAUAUCGGUUCCUACAUAGAUGCAUUUGCAGCCAUUCUGGGAUAAUGCAUGUGCAAGUUACCUGCAUCUGUAUUCUUUCCUGCUUUUAAUCCAGUUUUUAGUAUUGCUGCAAUGGCUGUGAUUAUAGCUUGGCAGUACUGUCACUUCAGGUUGUAGUUUGGGGAUCUUAGGGAAACAGGGUUUGAGGAUGUGAAUCGGAUUCAUCUGGCUGAGAACGGGGGCAGCCUGUUAUCAACACAGUAAUAAUGAACCUUCAGAAUUUCUUGACUAGCUGAGCAUACUAUCAGCUUUUAAGGACUUUGCUUCAUGGAAUUAGUUAAAUUGCUCUUUCAUAUUGUGUGUUAUGCUGAAUAAAGCAGUGAACCAUGUAAUAAGUACUAGAAAGUGGCAUCCAUUGAUGUCUUUCUCAGGCAAUAUAAGCUGCAUACUGGAUGUGCAUAAUUGCAAUAUUUCUGAUGCCCAUUUCAGUCUUUAGGACUGAUGUGGUGCAGUUAAUAACCCAGGAAGACGUGAUUUAAAUACUAAAUUGUAUGUUUUUAACAUGGAAGUAUUUUAGUAUUGAACUGCAGAUUUCAUUCUUCUCUUAUGUAUUGUGUGUAGAACACAAUUAUAAUUAGAUUUUUCACCAUAAUUAUUUGUUGUUACUUGUGAUUUAUGAAUGAAUAUGAGUGCAGGUCUUGACAUAUCUGCCACAGAGCUUAUGUAUAUCUUAGGAGUCAAUUUUAUACCAGUAGUAUUCAGAUCAAGAUGUAAGAAUGUUUUGAUAUAAAAGGACUAGGUACAGUGCUGACCUAGUGCUCAGAUAUGCAGUUUUUCAGGAGCAAAUGUUUUUAUAAUAAUAAUAAUUUAAAAUGACUUAUGUAUAAAUUGGAUAACCUCUCUUUAUUAAGCUAUGUGAAUUUUUAAGAGCUUGUGCCAAAUCAAUCUGCCAUGAUGCAGUCCCCCAUUAUUACAUCAACACUGUUGCUGUAUUGUUACUGUGUUCUUAGCCACAGAGCUGUUAACAUUACCUAGCAGUCCAAAUGCUUGGAAAUUCCUUCUCCAACAUGUUCUGAAGGAAUCACUGUGCUAAUGUCUGCCCACAAUGCAUUGUUGCCAAUUCCAGACAGACCUUGAGGAAGUUUGAUUGUGCAUAUAAUAUGUUUAAAGGGCAUUUCCAUUCAGGAUCUAGAUACAGAGUAACUGUGUAGGUAGGUAUGUUUGUUUUACUUCCCAGGCUUGCCUGUCACUCCCCAUGUCUUUUCUUAUGUAGUUUUAGUUGGCCCAUGCUAUAACAUACAUUCAGUUUGUUCUUAACUGCUCUAGGUAUAAGGGUAAUGUCAUUGUGUGUAGUUAUCUUUGGUUGGAAUUUGAUACUUGUGUGACCAGUCCAAUGUAACAGUUUUGUUUCUAUUUGGGAAACAACACACAAGUAUAUAUGUCCAGUGUGUCCAUUUCUGAGAUUUGACAUUGAACUCAUGCCUUAUUAAAAUAUAAAUAUUUGCUAUUAAUUUCAAUAUGCAUUUAUUCAGAUUCUUAUUCUUGUUUUAUAAGUAGUGAAUUUUCUAUAGGUGUCAUUUAUAAUAAUAGUUUUUGUUAUAUUCAUACAUCAUUGACUGUAUUAUUGUUGUGCUGAAGAUUAGUUGACUGAACAGUUAUUUUGAAAGAUAGUGGAUUCUGGGACCAAUUCUGUGUGACGUGAAGGGCACAAAUUAAUUCACUUAAUUGAGAUUCAUGUGGUACACUCACACCAAGAUGAACAAAAUUCUACUCUGGUUAUUCCAGAAAGUGUAUAUAAUCUGGGAAAUAAAGACUAUACACAAAUUAAAUUAAACACUGAAAUUCAAUUCCUGGUGUGUCAGUUGAAUAAUAGCUGACUUUAUAGAUGUGUAGAUGUUUCCACUCAAAAUAAAAACAAACAGGAAAAUAACAUAAAAUUAGGAUUUUAAAAAUGUAUGAAGUCUUUAUAGUAAUGUAAGUUGUCUCCACCCAGUGAUAUUUGUUAUAAUUCAAAGGGUAUAUAUACUGUAAUGUUUUGCUGAAUAAUGAUGUAAAGAGUUAAACAGAAUAAAAUUCUGAAAUUUAA